CGAACAGUUGAAACCUGAAACGUUCUUGCUCGUCCAUGGCGAUGUCAUCUGCUUCAUUUCAUCACUCUGUCACCUUUCAAGCCUUUACUGUGUUGUGUGUGCUUGCAGCUCUUGUAGCAGAAGUUGGGGGGAGGCAUCACCCCAGGCAUCAAUGCCCUCCUUUCUCCUGCAGCGGCCUUACAAAAGUGUCUCCUCCUUUCCGUCGGCAAGGUGAUCCAGCUUGGUGCGGUGUUCCAUCAUACGAGCUGAAUUGCAGCGACACCAUGGCUACAAUUCAGAUCAACACGGGUACGUACCAUGUUGUCCACGUCGACUAUACCAAUACACCCGAGACGCUGCGGCAGCCUUCCUUCCGGGUAGUGGACGCCAACUUGGACUUGCACAGCAGCUGCCCACUUCCUCGCGGGGAUCAGCUUCCUUAUCUUUAUGGCCGGCAAUGGUCGGACGGCCACGGCGUGGAUUUGGUGUUGGCCCCUGCUGAAUCGGUCGUGUGGGCGACAUUUUUGAAUUGUUCUCAAGAUGUAAGGAAUGGUAAUGACUCGUACAUACCAGUUGAUUGCCUGACCACGAACAGUUCGUUCGUUUAUGUGUUGUUGAGGAAUACGUGGCCAUCUUACGUGAGAGACCUUGAGGCUUCUUGCGGAUACUUGGCCACUAUUCCUCUUGGAGAUCGUCCAGAGAACGCAAGUUUUGCAGAUUUCGUGAGGUUAAUGAGAUAUGGUUUUGACGUCCAAUUUCCAGUGGUUAGGGACAGCGAGUACAUCACAUGGGGAACAAUCAUCCUUGACGAGACAUAUGGAGUAUGGGAGAGUUUCCGACCUCUGCGACCAUACACAGCCAGCCAAGUAUUUGCCGAUUCCUUGUGGAUUGUGGAGUGGAUCCCUGUAUCAUGCAGGUUCGUGUUGGCGCCACUGGUGGCAUUGGUCUUUCUAGCCUACAAGUUUUGGAAAACAAGGAUAACUAUUGAUGCCGUGGAGAAGUUUUUGCUCAUGCUGCAAAUGCUCGGUCCAAUAAGAUACGCCUACACAGACAUCACUGCUAUCACAAGUCAUUUUAAAGACAAGCUCGGGCAAGGAGGCUAUGGCUCCGUGUACAAGGGUGUGCUGCUCCCUGGUGAUGUUCGUGUUGCCGUCAAGAUGCUAGGUGCCUCUAACUGCAAUGGAGAAGAUUUCAUCAGUGAGGUGGCCACGAUUGGUAGGAUCCACCAUGUCAAUAUUGUGCGCCUCAUGGGGUUUUGCUCUGAGGAGAUGAGGAGGGCACUUGUCUACGAGUACAUGCCCCGUGGAUCUCUAGACAAGUAUAUAUUCUCAUCAGAGAAGUGCUUCUCCUGGGACAAACUCAAUGAGAUUGCCCUGGGUAUUGCCAGGGGAAUUAACUACUUGCAUCAGGGGUGUGACAUGCAAAUUCUACACUUUGACAUCAAGCCACACAACAUCCUUCUUGAUAACAAUUUUGUUCCCAAAGUUGCUGAUUUUGGACUUGCCAAAUUGUACCCAAGGGAUAGCAAUUUUGUGCCAAAGAGUGCUAUAGGUGGAACAAUGGGAUACAUAGCUCCAGAAAUAGUGUGCCGCGGGUUUGGUGUCAUAUCUAGUAAAUCAGAUGUGUACAGCUUUGGGAUGUUGCUGUUGGAGAUGGCUGGAGGGCGCAGGAACGCGGACCCGAAUGCUGCAAACUCAAGUCAAGCAUACUACCCAUCAUGGGUGUAUAGCCGGCUAACUCAGCAAGAAGUAGGCGAGAUCAGUGACACAAUUGAUAUGCAUGAUUUGGAGAAAAAGCUUUGCAUCGUUGGGCUGUGGUGCAUCCAGAUGAGGCCCCAUGAUCGGCCAGCAAUGAACCAGGUAAUAGAGAUGCUUGAUGGCGGCGUUGAUGACCUGGAAAUGCCUCCGAGGCCAUUCUUUUGGGAUGACGAUGAGCGGACGCCUGCGGCGGGUUCUUACUAUUUGUCCUCUGAACUGAACACGAUAGAGGAGGAUGAAUGAACUGUAUAUGCUUGUGACAAGCUCAGAUUAUGGUUGUAUCGUGUGUGGUAAUGUCCUAUGUAUUUCAUAUGAACCUUUGUGCUGCAACAUUCUGUUUCGGACAAGGAAGUAACAAUAGAGCCCUGUACUGGUUAUGAAUGUACUCAUGUCCGGGCCUGGGACAGACACUCUAGUUUGGUCCUCCGUCUGGACUCUGGAGCGUGGUUCCAGUCCAGCAGGCCUAUCUAAAUAUUCUUAUUGUUUGCUCCA